CUAUGCUGCGUCACUGCCAGUGUUCAUUUUGCUCGGAGCUCCAGUUUCCGCUUGUUAUGAAGGCGAAGGUUAGUUAGCAGGCGGCUAAAUAUCUGGUUUGCUGACAUUGGACGAAGAAUUAACUGUUUAUUGCGGCUGCUUUUCUGAAUUACCAAAGGCUCCUCAUCAUGGUGACGGGAAAACGUCUGGCUGAUAUCGGCUAUCGGGCCUUUUCUGCCUCGAUGAUGCUGCUGACAGCUUACGGCGGUUACCUCUGUGCGAUGCGAGGAUACCGGUACUUUGAAAAGCAGAAACAGCUGAAACUGGCAGCAGAGAACCAGGACCCUGAAAUCAUCAAAGACUGACGUCACCAUAGCUGCAGCGGACAUUUCCCAUUCCUGUUGUCUGUCUCUGAAUGGCAGAGAUGGAUUCCUCUAUGAUUGUUCUGUAUUUCCAUGAGGUCACCUCAUGAGGAUUAUUUGUUUUAUAACAUUUAACCAAACAAUCUGUUAGGUAACAUGUGCAUCGGUGGCCUGUCUCAUAUCUGCUGUGUUUCAGGAUGCCCGUUUUGGUUUGUAUUAUAAUAAAAUGCCUUGAAUGAAAA